GCGAAUUUGUUGCCGGCAUAAAUAUUUGAUUAUAAUUUUUAUUAUGAUUUACAAUUAGUUUCCUCUGUCAAAUAAAUCAAUUACCUUGUCUAAAAUAUCUAGAAGGCGGCUAUAAACAUUUUCCUGAGCUAAUCGUUGAAUGUUUUUGAAAAAAUUUCUGCAAAUCUGGAUGAAAUUGGUGAAGUAAUGAUCGCCGUAUCAGAGCCUCCAUUGGAAUAUAUUCCACGAGGUAGACCGGCGGUCGAUGAGCAUCCUGGUCCCGCGGAGACUAAACCACAUCCACAUUUGCCCUCGGAGAAUAUAUUGCUGCAGCGUCUACAAAAUGUAAAUAUUUCCGCCAAAGAAGAACACAAUGAAUUCUGGUGUAUACGUGAAAUCUAUGAGGAAUGUAAACGCGAAGAAAAACCCAAUAAGUUCGAAGUUAAAACUAAACCCUCUGUGAAAAAGAACACUAAAAAUGGUUCGGCCAAUAAGAAUAGUAAAGAUGAUAACUUGAAUUAUUUGAAAGCACCUCAGGAGUAUGUAAGCGAAUAUUUAAUGAACUCGGAAGAAGAGUUGUAUGUAAAAAAGCACACUGCUGUAUGGACUAGAGGUUUAGCCGAUGAACGCAGCAUUUCACCACGUUUAUGCUUCACCUGUGAGACACCCAUUAAAUUUGCUUUCUUCUGUAAUAAAUCAUUUACUCAGUCUUCAUUGCAAUACAACAAAAACGAUGAGGAGUAUCCUGAUGAAGGCAAACAAACAUCGAUAUGUCUAAUUGAUCAAACCUCAUUACGUGUUUAUUGUAGCAAUGGCGAAGAUUUUCUAUCCAAUUUAGAAUUUCCCAUAUCUAAUGUUUGGCCUACACGUUUUGGCAUACUUUUAGAGAAGGUUGCCUCUAAUACUGUAAUACAAAAUCAUACAAUUUCAAUGCCACGUUUAUUUUCAUUGUCACAUCCCUUGGAUGAAAUUUGUCCGGUCUUAAACAAAUCUGCAACUAAUGUAAUUUCAUACCUUAUUGAAUCCGAUUACAAUAUCAUAUUUUCCGAUGAAAAUUCUGAUCUUUUGCUGUUGUACGACACAAAAAUUGGUAAACAUUUUAUAUCGAAAUUGCGUAAAGCCUCAGCUGAUGAGAUACAGUAUAUUGGUGCACAAAACGAAACCGUUUUAGGUAGUACAGUUCAUCAGUUCAGUAUGCAUAAAGGUGGCAGUACUAUAGGACAACAUGCGGCUGGGCAAUGUAGUUUCUCACAAAGUAGUAUGAAAUUUCCAGGAGUGGCACCAAAAAAUAGCACCCAUUUGGGACGCACUAGUUUGGGAACAUCGAAUUAUUCCACACAUAUAAGUAAAUUCCUCAAUUGUGCUCAUUCUUUAAGUGGAGCUUUUGGAAAUUUUAAUCGUUCGACUGCCGCUUCUCCUCUAAGUAAUUUACAAUCAACCAUAGGCCAACAUUCUAUAUCAGUGCAGGAUAUACGUAAAUGCGGUCAAUCACAACCCUCAAAACCUAUUGUACCCGAACUAUGUUUGGAACAUGUUUGGACAGAAAAUACCUACGGAAACAAUCGUGAUUUUUGUGAAAUAUCUACAAAAGCCUUUAUACACACCGAUUUAGUGGGUCAAACAUUUCUAUGUUAUCUUUUGCCACGUUCAUGUAAACUGCAAAUGGUGCGUAUAAAUAAUUUUGAAAACAAGGAGCUACAAAUAUCUACCAUACCCAUGACGGUAGUAGCAAAGGAUGCUGUGGCAUUAGAGCGCAUGAAUAUGAUUGCCGUUCUUGAUCCAUCCGGAACUUUAAUACUAUACACCGGCAAUGUUUUGGUAUCUAAAGUCCAUAUACCUCUGACCAACAAUACACCAACCUCAAAAGUUAAUAUAAAUUUAACUCCAGCUACACAAAAUAAAUCUCCAAACACCUCAUUUCCUCGUCGCAGCAGUCUUUUACCAUCGGCACAGAAACCUGGAGACACUACUUUUGAGGAUGAGUUGCAUUUGUUAUCACCAGUGCAUCCUCUGCAACCACAGUUUUCUAAUAGAUCUAGCAACAUUUGUUUGGGUCUCCGUGAUCCCGCUGUAAAUCGUCUCACUUUAGUGUAUAGUUCUGGAAAAAUGUUACGUAUUUCGUUGCCGCUGAUAAAUGAAACAAAAUUUGUUACACGCUGUAUCAAAGUAUUAAAACAGGUGCUCAAAAAAGAUCAAUACAUACAAUUCAUUACAAAAUGGUAUGGAGCACGCAAUCCGCCCGGAUCGCGAGAUUAUUCUAUUGAACAAGAGUGGGACAUAUUUUAUACUGUAUUAUUAGAUCUAAUGGGCUAUUCAGCGGUAAUGCAUGAUUGUAGCAGCAAUACCGCUACAUCGUUUAGUGCUGAAGAGCCAAAGAAAAGAAAGAAAAAUGAUGAAGUACAUUCGGGAACAGAAGAAGAUUGGCAAUUUAUGUUGUCUAUUUUAGAGGGUACAGCAGCAGAUAAGACGGAAACAAAAGACAACAAUUCACAGUGUAAUAAUAUCGAUACCACAGCUUGUUUAUUCAAUACUAUACCGGCCAUAUUUUAUAGUUUUCAUUUACUCUAUGAAGAUUUUAAAUUGGAUGAUACUAUGCAUGCACAUUUGUUGUCAUUAGCAAAGUUUCUACAUCAACUGGCCUUCGAUAUGCAAUUACAAUCUUAUACAUUUCACUAUUCUUUGGACUUUCCUUUGCUGGUGAAAAAUUGUUCAAAAACUUGCAUUUUAACCGAGCAACAUGGUGCACAAAUGUCACAUAAGGAACUUUUACAGGUGCAAGCACCUAGUGUUUUUAAGCAACUUGAAUUUAUAAUACAAAAUAAGGAUACUUUACCCUACAAUUAUGUGGAAGGUUUAAAUGAUUUAAGUCGCAAUGUUUUACAGGUUGUCUCACUCGUUAUGCAUGGUACGAAUAAAAUCAAACAUUGGAUAAAACCAUUGGAGUUUCCCGACUCUGUACAAUCAUUCUUUAGCAAGAAACCAAAAAGGUUUAUAUCUACCAAUAUCACACGAUCUGAACAAGUUAUACAAAUGUUAAUCAAUAUGAAAAUAAGUCGUAAGGAUAUAGAACAUUUGCCAGUUGCUGUGCACUUAAUAAUAUCGGAAUGUUUAGAAUACUCUAGAUUAGAACCUCCCAUUGGUUGUUCACCGGCUACAUAUGAAUUGAUUUUGCGUUCCGAUUUAGUGGCCCAUGCUAAAUUGCAAAACUGCGAUUUUGCCACACUAAAUAAAAACUCUAAUUAUUUGCAAAAUAUGAAUAUAGAUACUGAGGACUCAUUAUCUGCUCGUUGUCCACCCGCUAAAAGCGGCAUAUCUCAGAUGGAGGGUGCUUUGGAUGAUGGCAUGGAUAAUAUAGAUACCAAACUGUUGAGUCUACGUUAUCCUGAUGAUAUGCGCAUAACAGAAGUUCGUAGGCUAUUGACGUCAUCAGAACCGGUUAUUAUAGAUAUUACCCAGUCGCCAGGCACAUCGGAUCACGAAUUUAUUGAAGAACAAGAAAAACAAUUAUUUACCUUGUGCACCAGAACAAUGACAUUACCCCUGGGUAGGGGAAUGUUUACAUUAAGAACAUCUAUACCCACACCAACAGAAUCAAUGCCCAUACCGAAACUAUGCUUAACUGGCAAAGAACCCAUUAAAGGAGCCACAGUAGAAAUGCAACAGAUUGAAUUUCCAGCCAAUAUGAGUUUAUGGCCAACAUUUCAUAAUGGUGUAGCAGCUGGGCUGAAGAUAUCACCAAACGCCCGUGACGUGGACUCCACAUGGAUUGUUUACAACAAGCCGAAGGGGCAAACGGAAAUAUCUACCGAACAUGCUGGCUUUCUAAUGGCUCUGGGCUUAAAUAACCACUUGAAAACUUUGUCGUUCAUGAGUAUUUAUGAAUACUUGGUGAAGUGUGAUGAAAUGACUAGUGUGGGUUUGCUCUUGGGCAUAUCGGCCACACAUAGAGGUACUAUGAAUAAUACUACCACUAAACUCUUGAGUGUACACAUUGAGGCUUUGUUGCCAGCCACAGCCCUGGAAUUAGAUAUACCACAAAAUAUACAGGUGGCUUCUUUAAUGGGCAUCGGUCUGCUAUAUCAAGGUACAGCCAAACGACAUAUAGCCGAAGUUCUAUUGCAAGAAGUGGGACGACCACCUGGCCCUGAAAUGGAAAAUUGUCUUGAAAGAGAAUCGUAUGCCUUAACAGCUGGUCUGGCCUUAGGUUUAGUUACUCUGGGACAGGGUGAGUCCCCAGCUGGCUUAAGAGAUCUCCAGUUGCCCGAUACAUUGCACUAUUAUAUGGUGGGCGGAAAUAAACGUUUAUUGACCGGUUCUCAAAAAGAAAAAUAUAAAUUACCCUCAUUUCAAGUGCGCGAAGGUGAUCAGGUUAAUAUAGACGUUACAGCACCUGGAGCUACUCUGGCACUUGGUCUUAUGUUCUACAAUACCGAUAACAAGGCUGUGGCCGAAUGGAUGAAUCCUCCAAAUACACGUUACUUGUUGGAUCUUGUAAGACCCGAUUUAUUAUUGCUACGCACAAUUGCCCAUGGUUUAAUAAUGUGGAGUGAGGUUCAACCGGACGAGGAUUGGUUGCACAAUCAAUUCCCGAUCAACCUAAGGUUUGAUGUAGAUAAGGGAUCGCAAGUUAACGAGAAUGAGGACAUCGACCAUGAAGCUAUAACUCAAGCUUACUGCAAUAUAAUUGCUGGAGCGGCCUUUUGUAUUGGCCUAAAAUAUGCUGGUUCCGAAAAUCCCAUAGCCUUUAAGACCCUAAGAAGAGCGAUAAAACUAUUUUUAGGUUUUUCUGGGAAAUAUGUGGGAGAAUUUGCUGGACGCACAACUAUAGAGAACAGUCUGAUGGUAAUUUUGUUAGCCAUAUCAUUAGUCUUUGCCGGAUCGGGUGACUUAGAGAUACUGCGCAUUAUACGCUACCUACGUUCUAGGAUUGGAACACAAAAUCCUCAUGUUACAUAUGGUUCCCAUAUGGCAAUACAUAUGGCUUUGGGAUUUCUGUUUUUGGGUGCCGGGCGGUUUACCAUCGCCAAAACUCCGGAAGCAGUGGCAGCUUUAGUAUGUGCUCUAUUUCCAAAAUUCCCAACGCACAGUAAUGACAACAGAUAUCAUUUGCAAGCUUUUCGCCAUCUGUAUGUUUUGGCUGUGGAACCUCGUCUGUUUUUACCCCGUGACAUAGAUACACGGAAAUUGUGUCUGUGUAAUAUAUCAGUAUUGGAAAUUGGUUCCAAGGAGUUAAGGCGUUUACCUAUGGCUCCCUGUAUGUUGCCCCAAUUAAGUAAUUUACAAAAAGUAGUGGUUGAUGAUCCCAACUAUUGGCCAGUAUCAUUUGAAAAGGAUCGUAAUUGGAAUCAGUUAGUUAAAGCUUUGGAAAAUUCAGCCUGCAUUGAGAUUAAGAAACGUUCGGGCUGUUUAUCACAUCUUGAGGAUCCAGAUCGUCUAAAGAGUCUUUUCUCUCUGACCUUAACUACUGAGCAAAGCUUAUGCUGGGAAAUAGAUCCCAGAACUUUGGAAAGAUUUUCGAAUGAACCAUAUGUUAUAGGAUUUACCGAUCGCUUGUUGCAUUUAGAUGAAUCCGAAACGUCUUCAGUGGAAUUAGCUUUAAAACAGCAUUUAACAAUGUUAUUUUACAAUGCCGUUGUUAAGGAUAAAAUGCAUGUUUUACCCAUUUAUUUGGCCACAUAUAAUCACGUUUUACGCUUGAAAACGCAACAACUAAGCUUCAAUGACAUUUGGCAAUUGAAAUUAAUAAGCUCCUAUUUACUGCAUUAUCCGCAAUCUCAUAUACUAUUCUCUAAAGAGUUGAUAUUGGCCUACAUUGAACAGUUUCAGACAUUUAUUGACAACUGUCGUCAACAAUUGUCUUUGCCCUUAAGACAGUUUAUAAGUUCACGUGAUUUUGAACCUCAUAUUAUUGCCAAUCUUUCGAAGCCAGAUGUGGCGCGUUUGGUGGCCGUCAUAAUUUUCUAUCAACUCACACCCAACUUAAUGAAUUUAAUUGUUCAGCGUCCUGCAAAUUACAUUGGCUACAUAAAAGAAUUUCAAAAACUUCAAUUGGAUACAUCAACUACACAAUGUUUAUUAAAAGUGUUGCAAGCAACAAGUGCCUAAAUGGUUUUAGAGCUAAAAAUAAAA